AUGGCUUCGGAGGAGGCUAGCUCCAUAGUUGUCGUUGGUUCUCCAACCAUGAGAUCAAUCUCACCUCCAUAUCGUGACCGUCAGAGGUUUGAUGCGCUUGUCUUUCGUUUUAGCAGUGGGAUCCUUCUCCUUGACAUCAUCGAUGGUGAAGUUUUCUUCCACUGA